CUGUCAAGCAUACCAAGAGAAGAGAUCUGCACUGCCAGCAGCUAAGGGCAACACCUGGGAGAUGACCAAGACACCCUGAUUGAGGGUGCACAUCGAUCUUGGUGGCCCCUUUCAUGGCCGGACCUUUAUGGUACUGGUGGACGCCUAUUCCAAAUGGCUGGAGGUGGCCCUGAUGCCCUCCACCACUACUGAAGCUGUCAUCCGGGUGCUGUGGGGCCUGCUUGCAACUCAAGGGUGUCCUGAUGUCCUUGUCUUGGACAAUGGACCUCAGUUCACAUCAGGCACCUUUGAAAGGUACCUCCAGGGGCUGGGCAUCCGCCAUGCCCUAACAGCACCAUUUCACCCGGCCAGCAAUGGGCAGGCCGAGAGAAUGGUGCGUUCAGCAAAAGAGGCACUGGCGCGCCUGGAACAGAGGGACUGGCACGAGCAGGUCACUGAAUACUUGCAUGUGCAGCACAUCACUCCUCAUGUAGCCACAGGGUGGAGCCCGGCCGAACUGCUAAUGGGCCGCGCCGCCGCCUCCGGUCUCUGCUUGACCGGCUGCCCCCGGACUCUGGUGUGGCUGAGCCCCCGGGCUGUACUAAGGCGCCACGGUCCUUUGUUCCAGGGGAUCAGGUUUUUGCCCAGAACUUUGUGGGGGACAUUCCUUGGGUGCCAGCCACGGUAGUGGGAGUCACGGGGCCCCGUUCAUACCAGGUGGCACUUGAGAACGGACACUUGUGGCGCCGGCACAUAGACCAGCUAAGGCACAGGGUUGGGGAUUUGGACACUACCACUGUGCCCCCAACUGUGGCCCCAGCUCUGGAGCGGUUGCUAAUGGAAGGCGAGGUUUCACCUACAUCUUCCUCACAAACUGCGGGCAUGGAGCCGAGCCGAGCCUUUUCAGUGGAUCUGCCUGGCUCUCCAGAGACUUGGACCACCGCCAUGCCUGACCGUCCGCUGAGUCCGCUCACGUUGGUUCCUUCGACAGCAGUGGAGCCAGGGAACUUGGGCUCAACGCUACAUUUGGUCACAGCCAGAAUCGGGCAGCCACCCGGAUUCUGGUACUGGCCCUUGGCAGUCUGAAAGGGUUUCCAAGCGCCCAGCUUAUUUAACGGACUAUGUUCACCGGACAAACUGCACAUGUAAAGCUGUAUGGUGAAUAGGGUCAAUUAAUAUGCUUACGUGCCUUACUGAAACCAAUAAGGGUAUUGCUGUAUGUAAUGGAACCACUAUGAUUGUAACUAAUGCCUUAUCUCGGUGGGGAGGGGUGUUAUGUAUUGAA